AUGCCUCAGUACGGGACCUUUGUCCCUCCAUACUACGUUCCCGAUCUCCCGAACAGUGAAGAGCUAUCAGACGCCAGCGUGGUUUGGGGCAUGUCCUUGUCCCUAACGCUCUUCGCCUUCAUCCGCUGCUUCUCACAGACGUACGCCCAAUGGAGGCGGAUCCGGAAGGUGAACCUCUACAUGGUGCUGAUCUGGCUCGAGCUGUGGUCCAGCACGAUAAUUGGUGUCAUCUAUUUUGCAUACAUGCGCGGGCAUAUACCACCCAGUGUUAACAUGAGCGUACAAUGCAUCUAUCAAAUCAUCCUCAACCGAGCCGGCCUCAUCGCCGACAAUGCCGCCACUGUGCGCCGCUUGAAAUGGGCCGUGUUUGGCUUCAUCGUCCUCAUUAAUAUUGCGGUCGCUUGCAUCUGGAUACCAGCCCAGCUCCAGAUAUCGCCACGAUACAUCCGAAUCAACGACAUCUGGGACCGUACGGAAAAGGUCAUGCUCGCCAUUAUCGACGUGUGCCUGAACCUCUACUUCGUCUAUCUUGUGCGGUCGACACUUAUCGCGCGUGGGCUAUCGAGAUAUGUGACUCUCUAUCGUGUAAACAUCUUCAUGAUUUCAAUCUCAAUGACCAUGGAUGUGGGUUGCCUUGCCAGAGACAGCUGA